AUGUCAAAGGGAAAAGUUUUGUUAGUUCUUUACGAAGGUGGUAAACACGCUCAAGAGCAAGAAAAACUAUUGGGAUGUAUUGAAAACGAACUUGGCGUUAGAAAAUUCAUCGAAGAGCAGGGAUACRAAUUGGUCGCCACCACUGACAAGGACCCUGAGCCAACUUCAACGGUAGACAAAGAAUUAAAAGAUGCCGAAAUUGUCAUUACAACGCCUUUCUUCCCAGCGUACAUCUCGAGAAACAGGAUUGCCGAGGCACCUAACUUAAAGCUUUGUAUUACCGCUGGUGUUGGAUCUGAUCAUGUCGAUUUGGAAGCUGCCAAUGAAAGAAAAAUCACGGUCACCGAAGUCACUGGUUCCAAUGUUGUCUCCGUCGCAGAACACGUUCUGGCCACGAUCUUAGUUUUGAUAAGAAACUACAAUGGUGGUCACCAACAGGCGAUUGAUGGUGAGUGGGAUAUCGCUGGUGUAGCCAAAAACGUAUAUGACUUGGAAGACAAAGUUAUCUCAACAGUUGGUGCAGGCAGAAUUGGUUACAGAGUUCUCGAAAGAUUGGUUGCUUUCAAUCCUAAGAAGCUACUGUACUAUGACUAUCAGGAGUUACCUACCGAAGCGGUCAAUAGAUUGAACGCGGCCAGUGAACUUUUUAAUGGUAGAGGCAACAUUGUCCAAAGAGUGGAAAAAGUGGAGGACAUGCUUGCCCAGUCGGAUGUCGUUACCAUAAACUGCCCUUUGCAUAAAGAUUCAAAGGGUUUGUUCAACAAGCAGCUCAUUUCUCACAUGAAGAAUGGGGCUUACUUGGUUAACACCGCUAGGGGUGCCAUUUGUGUCGCCGAAGAUGUCGCGGAAGCAGUCAGAUCUGGAAAAUUGGCAGGCUACGGCGGUGAUGUCUGGGAUAAGCAACCAGCACCAAAAAACCAUCCUUGGAGAUCUAUGGAUAAUAAGGACCAUGUAGGAAAUGCGAUGACUGUUCAUAUUAGCGGUACCUCUCUGGAUGCUCAAAAGAGAUAUGCUCAAGGUGUAAAAAACAUUUUGAACAGCUACUUUUCCAAGAAAUUUGACUACCGUCCUCAGGAUGUUAUUGUUCAGAACGGUACCUACGCCACAAGAGCCUAUGGUCAGGAAAAAAAGUCUUUAUGA